CUCGACAUUGUUGCAAGGGCGCUGGCUUAAUAGCGAAGUUAUCAAUUGUUUCUUGGCAAUUAUUACUGCUGCUAUCAGUAACCAAGGAAAAAAAGUACUAGCAUAUAGUACAUUUUUUACACAUCUCUGGAUCGCUUGAAAAAGCAACAUCCAACAGUUUCAUGGCACUGGAAACGAUGGACUAACAUGUUUGAGUAUAACAUUGUCAUAUUUCCUAUUCAUUUAUCAGUUCAUUGGACAGUUGUUAUUUUGGACAUAGUAAAAAAGGAACUGCUGUAUUUGGAUUCACUAAGCCCAGAUACACAGAAUGAGAAAGUUGUGUUGCAAAUUAGAGAGUUCAUCAAGCACGAAGCAAAAAGAUGGCGAGUAUUUUUUAGUGACCAAAUUCCAUGCAAAACUGGUCACACUUUGAAGGAUUUUCCUACCCAAAGCAAUGGAUGGGACUGCGGGGUCUUUGUAUGUUUGUAUUCAUUAUAUCAAAUGCUGGGAAUCCCCUACAACUUUGAUCAAUCACACAUACCACUUGCUAGAACAUGGAUAGCAAAGGUAUUAAUCGAGCUACCCGUAAAAGAGACAAGUACAGAUGAAAAUCAAGCAGUCAGUAUGGAUGAUGACGUCAUAGAAAUUGACCCAGGUGAGUCAUAGCAGAAUUAAAACAGAAAUGAAUAGAGAAGUUAAAAGAAAA